CAGCGCCAAAAAGAAGAACGGUUGGCCGAGAAUGAGAGAGUUCGUGAUCGUCGUCUCCUCUUCUUCUUCCUCCAUUUCCACUCCUCCAAACCCUUCUCACCACCACCACCACCACCGCCAUUUCCGAUCCUCCUCCAAGUUCUCUCCCUCCAACCUCCCCUCUCGCUCCUCCGCCGUCCGCUCCGACCUCCGCCACUUCGCGGACUUCGCCGGCGACGCCAAGCUCCGCGACCUCUCUGUCGUUGUCGAGAGCCUCGCCGUCUCCGGCGUCGACGCCUCGCGGCUCAGGUCCGCUCUCCGAGCGGAGCUCGCCUCCGCUGAGAAGGGGAUUUCCGCGGUCCUCCGUGACGGAAAGGUUCGGAGCUUCGCCAGGCUGUUGGGGAAAUUGGACGAGCUAGGAUUUCCUCCGGUGGAGAUAUUUGAUGGCUGGGCUUUGGAGUUGAUACGCAGGGAAUGUCGCCGCAUUUUGAGGUGUGAGCAAGUGGAGGAACUAGUUGAACUCUUUGAGGUACUUUCAGGUUAUGGUUUCUCAAUCAAAGAAUUAGUGAAGCCUUCUGAUGUUAUCAAGAUCUGUGUUGAAAAGAGAAAUCCGAAAAUGGCCAUAAGGUAUGCUUGUACUCUACCCCAUGCGCAUAUUAUAUUUUGUGACGCAGUAUAUGAGUUUGGAAAGAAAGGGGACUUGGUGUCUGCUCUGAUAGCACAUGAAGCAUCCAAGAAAAACUCUACCAGUACUAAUAUGUAUCUUUAUCGCACAAUAAUUGACGUUUGUGGUCGUUGUCAUGACUACCAGAAAUCUAGAUACAUUUAUGAGGAUUUGCUCAAUGAGAAAGUCACCCCAAAUGUUUACGUAUUUAACAGCCUCAUGAACGUGAAUGCCCAUGACUUUAGCUACACAUUAAACGUUUACAAGGAUAUGCAGAACCUUGGUGUCCAAGCAGAUAUGGCAUCUUACAAUAUUCUUCUGAAGGCAUGCUGUCUUGCUGGAAGAGUUGAUUUGGCUCAAGAUAUCUAUAAGGAAGUACAACACCUAGAAUCAACAGGAUUGUUGAAGUUGGACGUUUUCACAUACAGCACUAUUGUGAAGGUUCUCGCGGAUGCAAAAUUGUGGCAAAUGGCUCUAAAAGUCAAAGAAGACAUGCUAUCAGCUGGUGUAAAUCCCAAUACAGUUACAUGGUCGUCAUUGAUCAGUGCCUGUGCAAAUGCAGGUAUUGUGGAUAAGGCAGUCCAAUUAUUUGAAGAGAUGCUUCUGGCUGGCUGCAAACCUAACACGCAGUGUUGUAAUAUCCUUCUACAUGCAUGCGUUGAGGCUUGCCAGUAUGACAGGGCUUUCCGUCUUUUCGAGUUUUUGAAAAGAAAUAGAGUCCAGGAGACUUCUGAAGAAGAUGGCAGAGGAGACAGGGAUAGCAAUCAAAGUGCAGGAGUUACUAGUAUCUCUCAAUCAUCUACUUUAUGUGGUUUAAACUUUGCCAGAGAGCUUCCUUUUACACCCACAACUACGACAUACAAUAUCUUAAUGAAGGCCUGUGGUUCCGAUUACUACCAUGCAAAAGCUUUGAUAGAGGAGAUGGAAGCAGUAGGCCUUUCUCCUAAUCAAAUAACGUGGUCUAUAUUGAUUGAUAUUUGUGGAGACUUGGGCAAUGUAGAAGGUGCGCUACAGAUUUUAAAAACUAUGCGUGCAACUGGAAUUGAACCUGAUGUGGUCGCAUAUACUACAGUUAUAAAGGUUUGCGUGGAAAGUAAAGAUUUGAAGCAAGCAUUUGAAUUAUUUGCUGAAAUGAAAAGAUAUCAGAUACAACCAAACCUGGUGACAUAUAAUACGCUUCUAAGGGCACGCAACAGAUAUGGUUCUCUACAAGAAGUAAAGCAGUGCCUGGCAGUAUAUCAGGAUAUGCGAAGAGCAGGGUAUAACUCCAAUGAUUAUUAUCUCAAGCAACUUAUAGAGGAGUGGUGUGAAGGAGUAAUACAAGGCAACAAUCAGAACCGGGAAGAGUCCAGUUCCUUUAACAAGACAGACAAAAAGAGACCUCAAAGUUUACUGCUUGAGAAAGUUGCUGAACACUUGGAAAAGCAUAUUGCUGAAACCCUAACUGUUGACGUUCAAGGGCUUAAAAAGGUCGAAGCUCGGAUUGUCGUUCUUGCUGUCCUCCGAAUGGUCAAAGAGAACUAUACUAUGGGAUAUUUGGUGAAAGACGACAUGCUUAUCAUCAUCGGAGCUUGUAAGGUUGACGCAGUUCCAGAUGAACAAGAACUAGAGGUGAAAGAUGCAAUAACUAAACUUCUGAAGGAUGAAUUGGGGCUAGAGGUUCUCUCAACAGGACUAAAAAUCGAACCUAAUAGACAAGUGGACUCGGAUAGCUUAGGAUCAAGUGAUUUUUCUGGGGAGAUGAAAUAUUCCACGAGAAGACCUGUGGUUAUACAGAGGUUAAAGGUCACAAAGGAAUCAUUGCAACAUUGGUUGCAGAGAAAAAUUUCCCUUUUAAGGAAUCAUUACACCACUUGAAAAUUUUGUAAAAGAUGCAUGUGC